AUGGUUGACAAAACAUGGGUGCAUCUAAGCAGAGUUGAUCCUGGAUACGAGAGAGGGGCUUUAAAGUUCGUACGUGAUGUUGCUUCAGCUCUGGGAGGGAUUGAUAUGAUCGUAUGUCCUUGCAUUGACUGCCGAAAUAUAGAUCGUCACUCAGGAAGUGUAGUAGUUGAUCAUCUGGUUACGAGGGGAAUGGAGGAAGGUUAUAAGAUGAGGGCUGAUUGGUAUCUACAUGGAGAACUGAACUCAGAUAUAGAAGGUGCAAGCAGAGCAAGUGAAUGGAAUGAUGAGAUCUUUGGGUUAUACAGAGCUGCUGAGUGUUUCGAUGAAGAGUUAGCUAACACGGGGGAUUUAUCUGAUAAGGCAGAGGGAGACGACAAGAAAGAAGACGAGUUCUUGGCAAAGCUAGCUGAUGCUGAAACACCCCUGUAUCCGAGCUGUGUCAACCACAUUAAGCUAUCUGCCAUUGUUUCCUUAUUAAGAGUGAAGACUCAGAAUGGGUGGUCUGACAAGAGCUUCAACGAUCUGCUUGAGACAUUGCCGGAGAUGUUACCAGAGGAAAAUGUUCUUCACACAUCACUGUAUGAUGUGAAGAAAUUUUUGAAAUCCUUUGACAUGGGUUAUGAGAAGAUUCAUGCAUGUGUCAAUGACUGCUGCUUAUUCAGAAAGAGGUUCAAGAAGCUUGAGAAGUGUCCAAAAUGUAAGGCUUCAAGAUGGAAGACUAACAUGCAUACCGGUGAGAAGAAGAAAGGCGUCCCACAGAAAGUAUUACGUUACUUUCCCAUAAUACCAAGACUGAAGAGACUGUUCCGCUCUGAGGAAAUGGCCAAGAACUUGAGGUGGCACUUUAGCAACAAGAGCAGUGAUGGAAAGCUUCGUCAUCCUGUUGAUUCAGUGACAUGGGAUCAGAUGAAUGCUAAAUACCCUGCAUUUGCAGCUGAAGAAAGGAACCUGCGGCUUGGACUUUCAACAGAUGGAUUCAAUCCAUUCAACAUGAAGAAUUCGAUGUAUAGUUGCUGGCCUGUUUUGGUGGUAAACUAUAACUUGCCACCUGACUUAUACAUGAAGAAGGAGAACAUCAUGCUUUCACUGUUGAUUCCUGGUCCACACCAGCCGGGUAAUAGUAUAGAUGUCUACUUAGAACCCCUCAUUGACGAUCUGAACAGUCUGUGGAACAUUGGAGAGUUGACAUACGACGCUCUGACUCGAUCAACAUUUACUCUUAAGGCGAUGCUGCUCUGGACCAUCAGUGAUUUUCCAGCUUAUCGGAAUCUCGCAGGCUGCAAAGUAAAGGGUAAAAUGGGGUGUCCGUUAUGUGGGAAAAAGACAGAUAGCAUGUGGCUAAAGUUCAGCAGAAAACAUGUCUACAUGUGCCAUAGAAAGGGUCUGCCACCAACUCAUAGUUUCAGGGGUAAAAAGAAAUGGUUUGACGGCAAAACUGAACAAGGAAGAAGGGGAAGAAUACUAACUGGCCGUGACAUUUCUCAGCAUCUAAGAAAUUUCAAGAAUGAAUUUGGAAAUUUCAAAGGAUCUGCAAGUAAGAGAAAAAGGCUACAGUGUUCUGAUAAUUUAGGCUCUGAUAGUGAGGUUUUAUCGAGUGAAUCAGAGGAAGAGGAAGAUGAAGAAGUACAAGUAGAUGAAGAUGAAUUGUCUAGAUGGAAGAAGAGGUCAAUCUUCUUUAAGCUACCUUAUUGGGAGGAACUUCCGGUCAGGCACAACUUGGAUGUAAUGCAUGUGGAGAGAAAUGUAGCUGCCAGUUUAGUGUCAAUGCUAUUGCACUGUGGGAAAUCAAAGGCUGGUCUUGCAGCUCGUAAAGAUCUUGAGGAACUUGGUAUUAGGCCAGAGUUACACCCUAAAAUUCAGGGGAAACGCACAUAUCUUCCUCCAGCACCAUGGUCUCUAUCGAAGGCAGAGAAGAAGAUCUUCUGCAGGCGUCUAUUCGACUUCAAAGGGCCAAAUGGCUAUUGUUCAAACAUAUCAAGAGGUGUCUCAUUAGAUGACUACAAAGUGACAGGGUUGAAAUCACAUGACUACCAUGUGUUAAUGCAACAACUUCUGCCCAUUGCACUUAAAGAGCUGUUACCUAAAGGACCGAGACUUGCAGUUUUUAGGUUAUGUGCAUUCUUCAAUCUGUUGUGCCAAAGAGUGAUUGACAAGGAGAAGCUUUUGGUUAUGGAAGCUGAGAUUGUCGAGACUCUCUGCUUGUUUGAAAGAUUCUUUCCUCCAAGCUUCUUUGAUAUCAUGCUCCAUCUGACUGUCCAUCUAGGAAGAGAGGCUCGGCUUGGUGGUCCAGUCCACUUUAGAUGGAUGUACCCAUUUGAAAGGUACAUGAAAGUCCUUAAAGACUAUGUCAGGAAUCCUGCAAGACCAGAGGGGUGUAUAGCUGAGUGUUAUCUAGCUGAGGAAUGUAUCAGGUUUUGUAGUGACUUUUUGAAGAAGACAACAAAUGUCCAAGAGAAAGUAGAUAGAAACAUAGAGUAUGAGAACAAUUCUAUCUUAGAAGGUCGUCCAAUAUCCAUAGGCACUUCAAUUACUCUCAGUGAAUCGGAUAUUGGUAUUGCACAUCUUGCUAUCAUCCAAAACAUGGCUCUCGUCGAUCCUUAUGUUGACAUUUACAAGACACAGAUGGAAGAUGCCGGCGAGAUGCCUCAACGUUAUGGAGUGCCUCUUGAUUCUACUGAACAUGAUAAAACACUUAAGUGGAUAGCUUAUGGUCCAAGAUGUUCUGCAAGAUCUAGUGCGAAAGAUACAUCACAAGUGGUCGACUUGGUAUCUUACUACGGCAGAGUUACUUACUUCAUUUUGGUGGAUUAUAAUAUCUUCUAUGUUCCUCUUUUCCGGUGUCAGUGGGCUGUUAAGGGUAAUGGCGUAAAGAUGGAAGAUGGGUUUACACUUGUUAACAUGAAUCAUAAUCAAGCGUCCUUUGCAAGUGGCCCGUAUAUACUAGCAUCUCAAGCGAAGCAAGUGUUUUAUUCAAGGGAGGAUGAGUCUUCAAAUUGGUACAUUGUAAUGAAAGUUCCUUCUAGAAGAUAUAGUAAGGAAGAUAUUCAAGAAGGAACUGCAGACAUUGGGCUAUUGCCAUCAAAUAUUGACAUGGAUGCCGACAUUGAUGAAGCUGAGAAUGCCAGAACAGAUUGUGAAGGCAUAUAUGUUUGA